UGCGCCUUAGCCACGCCCCUUUCAUAUUCAUUGCUCUGUGCCUGUAUCCCAUUUGUUUCAUUUUUCCCUCUUAACGUUUUCGCAUCAGAGCCCGGGAUUCAUUAAUCAUAGACUCUUCUCACCUGUAUUAAACUACCGCCAUUCCUUUACAUUUUGAUCCCCAAAAGAAAGGGAAAAAAAACCCAACUUGUCUUUUUUUAUUCUUUGGGUUUGUGUAGAUUUGUUAAGGAUUGUAAGGUUGUUCUCUUGUUUUGUUUUGUGAUCAAAAAAGGGUUUUCUUUUCUUUUGUUUUUUCUCCAUUGGUGUUUGGUUUGUAAGAAGUAAAAAAAGAAGAAGGAAAAUGGACAAGAAAAAGAUUGCGGUCCCACUUGUAUGUCAUGGCCAUUCACGUCCUGUUGUGGAUCUCUUUUAUAGUCCUGUCACUCUAGAUGGCUUUUUUCUCAUUAGUGCCAGCAAAGAUUCCAGUCCCAUGCUGAGGAAUGGUGAAACUGGAGAUUGGAUAGGAACGUUUGAAGGACACAAGGGAGCAGUGUGGAGUGUUUGCUUGGAUACAAACGCUUUACGGGCUGCUUCUGGUUCUGCCGACUUUACUGCGAAAGUGUGGAAUGCACUAACAGGUGACAUAUUGCACUCAUUUGAGCAUAAGCAUAUAGUUCGAGCUUGUGCUUUUUCUGAGGAUACACGCCUUCUUUUGACUGGAGGAAUAGAGAAAGUCCUCCGUAUUUAUGAUUUGAAUCAUCCAGAAGCACCUCUGAGAGAAGUAGACAAAUCUCCUGGAUCAGUCAGAACGGUUUCAUGGAUGCAUAGUGAUCAGACGUUAUUAAGUUCUUGCACUGAUAUGGGGGGUGUCAGAUUAUGGGAUGUAAGGAGUGGUAAAAUAGUUCAAACACUAGAGACCAAGUCACCUGUGACCAGUGCUGAAGUGAGUCAAGAUGGCCGAUAUAUUACAACUGCAGAUGGAGCUACAGUUAAGUUCUGGGAUGCAGACCACUUUGGGUUGGUAAAGAGCUACAACAUGCCUUGCACGGUUGAAUCGGCUUCAUUGGAACCAAAAUAUGGAAAUAAAUUCAUUGCCGGAGGAGAAGAUAUGUGGGUUCGUGUUUUUGAUUUCCACACCGGAGAUGAGACAGCAUGCAACAAGGGUCAUCACGGUCCUGUACAUUGUGUACGUUUCUCACCAGGAGGGGAAUCAUAUGCCUCAGGAUCCGAGGAUGGAACUAUCAGAAUAUGGCAGACAGGCCCUUUGACUGAUCAUGAAGAAACCAAAUCACAUGCAGCAAACGGAUCAGUUGGAAAGGUGAAGGUAUCAGUGGAAGAAGUUUCGCGGAAGAUUGGGGGCUUCCAUAUUGCAGAAGAGGGCAAGACCAAGGAGAAAGAGUAAACAAGAGGGUGAUAAUAUCGAGCAGUCUGCAGGCAUAAUUGCAUUCAGCCAACAUCUUCAACAUAGUUUUUCAUAUCAGACUUUCUUUUCUAUUUUUGUAUAAAUUCUAGUUUUGAAUUUGAUGAUAUAUAUGUAAACUUGGACUAAUGUUUUGUAAAAAGUAGUAAUGACAUCUAUACUUUAAAUUUA